AUGAUGCCAGCUAAAAACUGGCUCAAUGAUCCAAAUGGGCCAGUAUAUUUUAAUGGUUACUAUCAUAUGUUUUUUCAGUAUAAUCCAAAUGCUGCUGUCUGGGGUGAUAUGCAUUGGGGUCAUUGUUAUAGUAAAGAUAUGGUUCAUUGGAUUCAUUUACCCGUUGCUCUUGCUCCUGAUCAACCAUACGAUAUAAAUGGUAUAUUUUCUGGAAGUACAACGAUUGUUAAUGGUACUCCUACUAUUAUAUAUACUGGUAUAACAAAUACAAAUCAACAAGUUCAAUGUCAAGCACGACCAGCUAAUAUAUCUGAUCCAACAUUAACAAAUUGGACAAAAUCUCCAUUAAAUCCUUUAAUUACAGAUCCAAAUGGACGUGAUCCAUCAACAGCAUUUCGAGAUAACGAAGAUAAUUAUUAUUUAAUAUAUGGUUAUGGUACUAAAGAUUUAGGUGGUCAAGCUGUUUUAUUUACUUCAAGAGAUUUUCUCGAUUGGAAAUAUUUACAUCCAAUACAUAGUAAUCAAUAUGAUACAUUUUGGGAAUGUCCAGAUAUAUUUAAAGUUGAAAAUCGAAUUGUUUUAAAAGCAUCAUUACUUGGACGAGAUUUUUGGGCAGUAGGAGAUGUUGAUCCAGAUAAAUUAAUAUUUACACCACAAAAUCAUGAUCUUGGAGAAUAUAUUCAAUUAAUUGAUCAUGGAAGAUUUUAUGCAUCGAAAACAUUUUAUGAUCCAAUUAAUGAUCAACAAGUAAUUAUGGGUUGGACAUCAGAAGAAGAUAAUUUAGGUCCACAACGUGGUUGGCAAGGUUGUCAUACAUUACCACGAACAAUAUUUUUAUCUGAUGAUGGAUAUGAAUUACGUUCACGUCCAAUUGAAGCAUUAAAAACUUUGCGUAAUGAAACAAGUCAUCGACAUUUUACUGAUGUUGUUUUAGAUACAAAAAUUCCAUUUGAACCUGUACCAGAUGUAAAAGGCAAUCAAGUUGAAAUUGUUAUUAAUUGGCAAUUUCCAAUGUAUCAAAAUUUAGAUUUUGGUUUAAUUGUUUUAUCAACACCUGAUGGUCAACAAAGAACAAGUAUUGGCAUUACCUCAAGAAAUAAUACAAGUGUUAUGAUGAACUCGGAUUUACCUGGAUGGGAUUAUCUCAGUGUACCACAAAUUACUCAAUGGUCUGAUUGUCAAAUAGCUUGUAAUAAAGAUAAUAAAUGUCAAGCAUGGACAUAUGUACAAGAUCGAGAAAUAAAUAAUAAUUGUUUUCUUAAAUCUGGUGUUCCACUUUUAACAUCAAAUUCAGUUUGUACAUCAGGUGUGAAACAACGAGAAGCUGGUGAACAAAUAGUAUGGGUUUAUAUGGAUAGAUCAUUAUCACAAAGAAAUCCUGAUGCUGCACAUGAACCUAUUCAUGCACCAAUAUGGUUACAACCAUCGGCGAUAAAUACUCAAUGGAUUCUUGAAUUAGAUAUUUUUAUUGAUCAUUCAGUUAUUGAGAUAUUUGAACCAUAUCAUGGUCGAUUGGCAUUAACAGGACAUGUUUAUCCUGAAGAAGAAAAUGCAAAUACUUUCGCUGUUUAUGUUAAUGAACCUUCGACUACUCAGGGACAUAUUAUUAUUAAUACACUUGAUAUUUGGAAUUUAAAUACAAUAUGGACAGAAGGACACAAAUUUUUUUAA